CCACACUCACUUCCUCGGAAAAUUCGCUCUCACUCUUCCAGCUGGAAUCCAAAGCAGACAAUGAAGACAAAAGCUUCUCUCUCUCUCUCUUAUUUCUCCAUCUCUCUAUGAUUAAACUUGGAUUUUCUGCAAUUUGUGUUUUUCUUCGGAUGAUUUCUUAAUCUGAAAAAGUUUUGAAGAUCUUUGGAUAAUUUAGCGAUGAAAUCUUCGACUCGGCUUGACUCAGUUGCUUUUCAGCUCACUCCCACUCGAACCCGGUGUGAUUUGUUGGUAACAGCUAAUGGAAAGACUGAGAAAAUAGCUACAGGGUUACUUGAUCCAUUUCUUGCUCAUUUAAAGACUGCAAAAGAUCAAUUGGAAAAAGGUGGCUAUUCGAUUAUUCUCAAGCCUGAAGCUAGUGACAAUGCGGCUUGGUUCACUAAAGGAACAAUUGAAAGGUUUGUUCGAUUUGUGAGUACGCCGGAAGUCAUAGAACGUGUUUAUACUUUAGAAACUGAGAUUAUACAGAUCAAGGAAGCCAUUGGUAUUCAGAACAACUCGGAAAUGGCAUUGACUGUUGUGAAAGACGAUCAUCGAGCAAAAAAAGCAGAUAGUGCAGAAGGUAGCAGGCCUUUGCUACAGCUCAACGAGGAGAAAGCUAUUGUCCUUUACGAGCCUGAUUCCCAUCCAAAGCAAGCAAAUCGGUCUACCUCAUCAGAUGAAAACUCUAAAGCUCAAGUUAUGAAAGUUCUGGAGACACGGAAGAUAAUGUUGCAGAAAGAACAAGGAAUGGCCUUUGCACGUGCUGUGGCAGCUGGUUUUGAGGCUGAUGAUAUGAUUCCUCUUAUAUCUUUCGCCAAAACUUUUGGAGCCUCACGUUUGAUGGAUGCAUGUGUGAAAUUCAUGGACUUGUGGAAGAAAAAGCACGAAACUGGCCAGUGGGUUGAAAUUGAAGCAACAGAAGUAAUGGCAACACAGCCAAACAUCUCUACAAUGAACGACUCAGGGAUUAUGUUCGCAAAUGCUGCUAAUAUGCCUGGGACACCUGAAAAUAGUGAUGCGAAGUCUCCUACAGACAACAAACGAAAUGGAAAUCAAGAAUAUGUGCAAGGGCAGCAUCGGCAGCCGAUGUAUGCACCCUGGCCAGUUCACUCCCCACCGGGCACCUUUCCAGUAUUUCAAGGAUAUACGAUGCAGGGCAUGCCAUACUACCCAGGCUAUCCAGGAGCUAGUCCAUAUCCAUCUCCCUAUCCGUCUACCGAUGAUUCUAGACGUGGUUCUGGCCAAAGAAAGGCUCGGAAACAUCAUUCAUCUUGUAGCGAGGACUCCGAAUCAGAAGAUCAGGAAAGAGAUAAUGAAAAAUCAAGUAGAAGAAGGAAAUCAGGGAAGGUGGUGAUUCGGAAUAUAAAUUACAUUAAUUCAAAGAAGCAAGAUAAUUCUGGAACAGAAUCUGAUGCUGAUGACAAUCAUGAAGAAGUGGCAAGAGGAGAAUGUUACAAUGGUAAAGAGAGGGCAACAAAAGGAACAGAGGCUGACACUGGGGAUUGGCAGGCCUUCCAGACUUUUUUAUUGCAAGAUGCUGACAGAGAUGAACGUUCCAUUGACCAUAUGAUGGAAAAGGAGAUUAGAGGGAAGAAGAGGCAAGGUACAGGAAAGUAUGAUCCUUUGGCACAUGGUGAACGUGAAUCAGGAAAAUAUCAAGAAAGGGAUACAGCUGAUAUUCGGAAUGGAAGUGUGACUCGUAGAAUCAGGGGAUCUAGUGACUCUCUUAUGGUUCACCAGAGAGAAAAUGGUUUUGAGAAUUCUUCUGAUCCUCUCAACAUGAAUGGAUUUGAUACUCCAAGGAAUGGUCUGGAUAAGAGAAACAUGGAUGAUGAUUCUUAUAUUGUUACUCGGGUAUCUUCAGCCCGAGAUGAAGCUGGAAGAAAUAAGAGAAAUGCUAUAGACAUUGGUUCAGAGAUCUCUUCGUGCUAUCAAACUGAUGGAAAUGAAAGAAAGCAGGUCAAUUAUGAGCCUCAUGAUCUGAGCCUGAUACCCGAACGGGAAACAGAGAAGUUAUCAGCUGGGUAUGAUCCUGCAUUAGAGUUUGGAUCCAAAGCUUUGAAGAAGAAUAGCCAGGCAGCUGGAGGUGCUAAGAAGUUAGUAAAAGAUCCAAAAUCGAGACUUUCUAAAGAUGCUGCAGAUAAGAGGAAGGCUCCGGGGCCAAUACGGAAAGGAAGACCGACAAAGAUGAGUCCUUUAGAUGAAGCAAGAGCACGUGCUGACAAACUUAGAAAUUUCAAAGCUGACCUCCAGAAAAUGAAAAAAGAGAAGGAAGAGGAAGACAGGAAGCGCAUCGAAGCUCUGAAAAUAGAAAGGCAAAAGCGGAUUGCUUCCAAAAGCAACUCAGCGGUAGGGCAGUCACAGUUGCCUGCACAACAAACAAAAAAACAAAUACUAAACAAGUUUUCUCCCGGUUCUAGAGCCUCUAAGUUUAGCGACUCAGAACCAGGUUCAUUGUCACCUCUUCAACGUCUUCCUAGAAGAACUACUUCUCUAGGGUCAAAUGACUUUCAGAAAUUCCCCAAAAAUGGUAAACUGAGUACCGUAAGUAAGUCAACAGGAAAUAUGCUAACAAGGUCGAUAUCACCGUUACCUCCAGCUAAGAGAGAAAGCAUAGCAACAGGAAUUAGGUUAACCAGGUCGAUUUCACCAUUACCUUUGUCUAAGAGGGAAACCAGAGUUAGUCUAGAUACGCAGAACAAGUCGGUUUCACAGACAAGACGAUUAUCAGAACCAAAAAUGGGUAAUACUAGUGCACCAAGUUCGUCAGUGAGGCCACGGCGCACAAUAGCAUCAAGAAAAGCAUCUGACGCUCCUGAGAUAAAGAAACUAUCUGCCAUUGUUAACUAUGAUAUAGCGAAAAUUGCAUCUCUUCCGGAACUGAAGAUAAAACCAACCAAAGGUCCUUCUAAUGUUAUGGUGAAAGGGGUCGAGAAAACUAAAUCAUCAGCGUCUGGGAUUGAACCAAGUGGUAACAAGAACAAAUCCUUGUGCCAAAAUGAUAUUGAUGAAACUCCAGUGGUUGAGAAGACAGUAGUGAUGGUGUUGCCAAGUUCAGCUCGAAGUAUAAGUAGAGAUCAGGUAAAAAACGAGAAGUCUGAUGUAGUCUCUGAAAACUCCACCAUUCGAGAAGGAGUUGAUAAGGAAGGCAUUGUUGAAACAAUGCAGGAGUGUGGCAAUGAUCUAGUCUUAGUAAGUACUCUUAUUCUAGCUGAGUCAAUUUUAAUUUUUGUUUCAACGGUUUUGAUGAAAGGAAUGGUUAUUUUGCUUUCAGGUUAGAUUGGAGACUCUGAGUGACUUAGUAACAGAAACACCAAAGUUUCUGACAAGUCAAAGUAUUGUUGCGAAACCAUAUGAAGCUCCAUAUGCUCGGGUUUCUUCGUUAGAAGAUCCAUGUACAGUGUACUCGGACUGUUCCCAAGCACCUCCACCAAGCUUAUAUUCAAAUGAGACAGAGCAAGAAACUGUCAAAGUCCUUGUACCAGAGAAGAAGAUAAGUGAGGCCUCGGAGAAAUCUCAAACGAAGGAGUCAGCGUCAAAAGGGCUCAGAAAACUGUUGAAAUUUGGAAAGAAGAGUCAGUCUUCUUCUGUAAGUGAACACCAUACCGAGUCUAAUAAUGCAUCUUUUAAUAGCAAUGAGGAUCAUGAACCAGCUGUAACUGCUGCCACGACAAGUGAAGCUUUUACACUGAAGAAUCUCAUAUCUCAAGAUGAAACACCUACAGCAGCAGCUGCUUCACAGAAAUCUUCUCGCCAUUUUUCAUUACUGUCUCCCUUCAAGAACAAGAAGACAGUAUCCUGAGUACACAAUAUAGAUAAGCUUUGAAAUCUUUUAGUGACAGAGUAUUUAUCAUGUAUUCAAUAUCGAGCCUCUUCUCCAACAAUGUCUGAAAAACACUACAAUUGAUGCAAACAUUUGGUUCCAAUGCAAUGAAGUUUUUUUUUUUUUUUUUCUGCCUAUAAGACUUCAUUUGGUACAUCAUUAAUAGCAAUCUACUAACGAUACAGAAGUUUGCGGUUCUAUCUUGAUUAACAAAAAAGUAUGUAAUCU